AUGAGUGAGGCUGGCGGCGAAUUCUUGAAGCUGCGUCUUAAGCUCAAGCUGCCUCAGUUUAUACCCACUUCAUCCGUGACCGAGAAGCUGCGGAUCGGCGCACGAGGCGGCGCUGCUGUUAAGGAACUACUAAGUACAGCUCCUAACAUUGAAGUAGCGAUUCGAGACUUUCAAGCAGCCCAUGGCGUUGCAGAAGCUCAUGCGCAGCUGUUUGUACGUAAGGAAGAGAGUAAAGAAAAGGAGAAACCAACGACGACAUUCACUCCGGCAAUGCAGUUACUGGAUCUAUUGCAAGUACCACGUUCUAGUGUGUACCAGUCACUACUGGAUCAGAUGAAGAAUGAGAUGUUAUUGCGCAUUGCAGAUUUGCCACAGAGUGAACUGCCUCGCGUAUUAGAACAGACAUUUCCGUACAUUGAAUUCCGUGAGCUGCGAUCUAUUCCAAUUGCUGUAUUAGCUAAACAGGAAGAGACGCCAGAGUUGUAUCUACGUGAAUUGACAGAGAACCGACGUAUUUUAGCCGAGUUACCGGUCCAUGUAAAGAGAAAGAUCUUGCAGGUGGAUAGAAGAGAACUACAGCUACUAGUGGAGAAAUGCACGCGUGAAUAUGUGACUGAACAGCUGGAAUGGUAUUUGAACCAUCCGACAUCGGGAUCAGUGACUCCACAGUGUUUAUUGUCGAGGAGAAAUAACAACAAUACGAUGCGAACUAGUACUCAGAAGAGGAAACGCAGUUUAGAUGAAUCAGCAGGUGGAAGUUUGUGGAACGUUUCGAGUCACGUACCGUCUUCUGCGGAUGCUACUAGCUCGUCAUUGACGGCUGUGUCUGGUUUUAGCAAUGAACGACGACCUUCGUACUCACCGGAUGAGCGGCGGCGUAAUAAUCCGGCGCUGAUGGAGCUAGUAGAAAUGCUUGGUGACUCAGAGGCGCUAUACCUGUCUACAUUGGAGAUUUGGCGCGGUUAUGUGAUGGCUGCGAGCAUUCCUGGUAGUGCUACGAACAAUCAUCCGAAAGAAUAUGUGGAUUAUGUGUCGCUUCUUGGCGCUAUGCGCAGUGACCUUGCGAACCUCCAGCGUGACAAGACGACGACACUUUUGCGAACCGAUCCGUUACAUAAAUUCAUUUGGUUUUUAGAUCGAGCGGUGAAGAACCAGACGCUUGAAAUCGCUCAACUUCAUGAAUUGCUCGGAUUUAUUGGUCGAUUACGCACAUCCGACUUGCCAGCUAAUAAAAAGUUUCGAAAGAAAAGCGGUGCAGAGGAGGAAGAAGAGAGUUUUGAAGUUGUAUUAGGGCCACCGCCUGUGGAUGAACUUCUUGCAGUGCUUGACAAGAUUACAAAAAUUGAUGCUCGUUUGAUAUUUGCGGAGCCAGUUCCUGAUGACGUGCCGAAGUAUCGGGAGAUUGUUAAGGAUCCCAUGGACUUGUCGACGAUGCGGAGAAAAGCCAAGCGCGGCAAGUACAAGACACUCGAUGGUUUUGUGUUGGAUUUCAACCUCAUGAUCCGAAACUGUAUGACUUUUAACCCGGACACGUCUAUCUUUUAUAAGGAAGGAAAGCGAAUUGGCAAGCGAGGCAUUGAAAUAAUUGAGCGAAAUGCUGUAGCUUUACGUGGCGAGCCACAGCGGAUCCGCACUAAAAAGCGUCGCAAAACCGGAACUGGCCCAACGAGCGAGGCUGUUAGCAUGCUCACGAGUUCGGGAACUGUCACGAUUAAUGACUUUGGUGAUGUGGACCAAUCGGGAAUGAUUCUGGAAGGUUUGUGCGAUGAGCAGCUGGCGGAUGUGGCACUAGUUUUGUCUGAUCCGCUUGUGAAACAACUUAUAUGUGAUGCUCUCAUGAAAAACCUAGUGGUGUGUUGGCAGAGAAAAGAAUUGCCUACCGAUAAUUCGAUUUGCCGUGCACUUGUGCAACUUUUACAAAUUGGCAACCCGUCUAGCGUGCGUCGAAUGAUUCGAAAGCAAGAUUUUGUAUUGCGUGCGCCACAAGUAAUCACAAUGCGCGUCGUGCUUCCGCUUUUGUUGCGCACGAUGAUUAGUUUUCGAAUUUACUAUGCGUUUCCCGUCGGCUUGCAGCCUGAUUUAGACUCGACAGUGAAGCAAGAUGUUUUAAGUGCUGUCUUGUGGGACAACGUGCUGCGCGCAAGCUCAGCAAUUCGCGCCAUGGCCAAGUCCUUUGCCGUACAAUGCCUGGUAGACCGUCAGAUUGAUGCGGGGUCGCAGCUGUUACAUCAUUUGCUUUCAGCUGAGGAUGAAUCGCUUUUGCGUGAUCGCGUCUUUCUUCAUGCAGUGACCGAAGUUGUGUUAGAGCAAGUAAAGCUGGCUGCUGCAAGUACCAGCAGCAGCAAUGGUAAUGAUGUCGGGACAACGUCUGCUGAAAAUGGAGAGGUGACAAUGACACUCAGCGAACAGCUGCAAGCUUUGGAAGUGUGGAAACAGAUCGUCGACGGCUUUUUUGUUUGCGUUUUGGCGAAACGUAUUCAAGCAGCCAAGGAGGAGACCGGGUUUCUUGUGCAUUUUGUUGAAGGAGCAGUUGAACGAGUAGAGGACAUGCACGACACUGCUGCCACGGAUGAUACGUCAUUGAAAAAGCGCAAGCGUCAACGGGUAGUCCAAAGCUUCCCAACACCUGCGUUUCAUGAGAAAACAGUGAUGAUGCUGUCGUCGUUAUUUGCUACGGUCGAGCAAGGGGGCUCCGCGGCCGGUGGUGACGCAAUGAUUGCUUCGUAUCUCAAGAAAACCUUGGGUGUAUUGCGUAGCAGCUGCUUUUCUUUGGAAGAAUUUGAAGCUUUAUGGAGUAGUCCUGUGUUUGCUGGAUGUCGUCACUUUUACGAGCCCAUGUUGACUCAAUUACCUGAUGUUCGAGAGGAGUUGUUCGCUAUUUUACCCUCAGAUGUCAAAACGAAAGACAAAAUAGCAACUGAAGUUGCAAACGUGCACAAAGAACAUGUUGAUUCUACCACCGUCGAUUCCAGAACGCAAGGUUCGACCCAAAAAUUAGAAGGUACUUAUACGGAAGGGGACGCAGCAAGUAGGUCGGAAGGGGACACAGCAAGUAAGACGGAAGGGGACGCAGCAAGUAAGUCGGAAGGGGACGCAGCAAGUAGGUCGGAGGGGGGUGCAGCAAGUAAGUCGGAAGGGGGUGCAGCAAGUAAGUCGGAAGGGGACGCAGCAAGUAAGUCGGAAGGGGACGCAGCAACCAAGUUGGAAGGUGACGCAGCAACAAGUAGGUCGGAAGGGGACACAGCAAUCAGGACGGAAGGUGACGCAGCAAGUAAGUCGGAAGAGGACACAGCAAUCACGACGGAAGGGGACGCAGCAAGUAAUUCGGAAGGGGACGCAGCAAAUAAGUCGGAAGGUGACGCAGCAAAUAAGUCGGAAGGUGACGCAGCAACCAAGUCGGAAGGUGACGCAGCAAGUAAGUCGGAAGGGGACACAGCAAUCACGACGGAAGUGUGCGGAGCAAUUAAGUCGGAAACUGCGAACGCAGAAACAAAGACUACAGAUAACUGUGGAUUUUGUGUCAAAGGAGAUGCUGAACUUGGUAUGGAAAGAGAGAAAGUUGUCAUGGAUAAAGAUGCUAGCUUAACCACUGAAGCUGAUGCCCCGAACGCAGAAAUUAAGGCCAUACACGCACGUUCUGAUGUCACAAUUGGAAUAAUCACGGAAGUAAGGACAAAACCCGAUAACACGGAUAACGACGCUUCGAAUUUGGCCGCUGCUACGUGUAGUCCUGUCAUUGCAUUCAAUGUCGAAAAUUCCGAGACAGAUGCCGAAUCUAUAGCUGAGCCUAAUAGCAGCGGCAACGAUAUGGAUGUAACGAUGGAAGAAGUCGAAGAGGUUUCUGAGCUGAAAGAUAGCACUGCAGCUGCUGGCUCAGAGCCAUAUACUAGUAUUUCUACUAACACUCCGUCAGCUAUUGCAGCUACGGCCGAGACCAGUAAUGAGUCUGCCGUUCCUGCUGGCAAAGCCGUAAAUGCAGACAACGACGACAGGAGCAUUGUUGGUAGCAGUGACACGCAGCACGUAGUGGUUGUAGAACCGACCGUGGAGAAACGGAGGGAGGAGACAAAAGUGACUGUAGAGGAGAAAAAGGAGGCAGCCGAGACGUAA